AAGGCAGAAGGAGGCAGCCAGAGAGCCCCGAUGCUUAUUCAGGCUGGGGAGAGGAGCCGAGUGGAGGGGCGAGCGAGGCUCCGGCAGCGCAGGGGAACCCGGGGAGGCGGCAGCGCGCGGCGGAGCCAGUGGCCGGACAUGCCCCGGAUCCGGGGCCGCUGCACCACUGCCGCCGCCCGGAGCCAGCCGGCCGGACGCCCGCACGCCUGGGUCCCCAGGCACCGCGCCGCUCGGGGGCUGCGACCCGGACCCUCGGCGCCCUACCAACAAUAAGCGCCCAGACAGCCCCCUCCCCGCCCUGCGCCCGCCGUCCCCGCGGGCCUCGGGGAAAGUGAAAGGAGGAGGCGAAGGAAGGAAGGAAGGAAGGAAGGGAGGAGGAGCAGGCGCCGGAGCCGUGAGGUUCGGGGCCGAGACCCCAGCCCCGAGCCCCGGCCGGCGGGUGUGCGCGCUCUCCCGCCGCUGCCCGGCGCCCACGACCAUGCUCCGCGGUUGGGAGGCAGGAACCCAGGCGCCCAGCGACCCCCGGAUACCCUCUACCGGGCCGGGCGGGUAUUGAGAUCGAGGCGUCCAGGAUCAAAAGAUCACCGCCUGCCCGUCCCCCUCCGUACCUCCAACUGGCGAGCAGGAGGACCCCAAUCCACGUACCGACCCUGACCUGGUCAUGGCGUCCAGCUCCGGCCUGGCGUGAGGACCCACGACCCGCGCGAGCCUCACCAGGGAGUAGCCACUUCUGGGCUGGGGCUGCCUGGCUCCUCUGCAGGUUUGGCUGCUUGGGUCAGGACCACGAUCUCAUGACCCCAGGGGAAGAGCAUGUUCAGGCCCUGUCCUUCUGGUGUCAGCUCUGAGGUGCCUGCUGAUAGAAGCCUCAGGUCAAGGCUGAAAAGAGGGAACCCCCAUCCCAGACCACACCCUUGAGCCUGAGCCCGACACGCCAUUCCUGAGGAGGAUCACAGGCAUACAUCCUGUCUCGGCAGCCCCCACCCCCACCCCGUCCUGGCCCACAGGCCCCUGCUUCCUGUAGGGUCAUGGCAGGCUGGAUGUCAACGUGGGCAGAGCUCGAGGGCCCUCCAGAUGCUGCUGGUGCCCGGGGUUUGGGCCAGGCAGGCGAGUCCGUGCUCCAGUACCGAGUACCUGGCUGGGCCCCGGGCACGCACAGGGGCCGUAGCCCCACUGUGUGUGGGAGCCAUGAGGAUCCUGGCUAACAAGACAAGGUUACCCCACCCCAGGAGGAGAGAAGCUCCAGGGAGCCCGCCGCUGUCCCCUCGCGGCCACUGCCCCCCAGCCCCAGCCAAGCCAAUGCACCCAGAAAAUAAGUUGACCAAUCAUGGCAAGACAGGGAAUGGCGGGGCCCAGUCCCAGCACCAGAAUGUGAACCAAGGACCCACCUGCAACCUGGGCUCGAAGGGCGUGGGGGCGGGGAACCAUGGGGCCAAGGCCAACCAGAUCUCGCCUAGCAACUCAAGUCUGAAGACCCCUCAGGCAGCAGUGCCCCCUUUCAGCUCGCUCAAGGGCAAAGUGAAGAGGGAGCGGAGCGUGUCUGUGGACUCCGGAGAGCAGCGAGAGGCGGGGACCCCGUCCCUGGAUUCUGAGGCCAAAGAGGUGGCACCCAGGAGUAAGCGGCGUUGUGUGCUGGAGCGGAAGCAGCCAUACAGCGGGGACGAAUGGUGCUCAGGACCGGACAGCGAGGAAGAUGACAAGCCCAUUGGGGCCACCCACAAUUGUAAUGUAGCAGACCCAGCCAUGGCGGCCCCGCAGCUGGGUCCCAGCCAAGCUGCCCAGCUCCCCCUCAGUGAAAGCAGUGCACCAGGCCCCCCACUUGGGCCCCCACCAGGGCUUCGGUCCGAUGCCCCCGGGGGUGGGAGUGGGGGCGUCCCUGGAAAGCCUCCUUCCCAGUUCGUGUAUGUCUUCACCACCCACCUGGCCAACACGGCUGCGGAGGCAGUGCUACAGGGCCGGGCCGACUCCAUCCUUGCCUACCACCAGCAGAACGUGCCCCGGGCCAAGCUGGACCAGGCCCCCAAAGUGCCGCCCACCCCAGAACCGUUACCCCUGAGCACACCAUCUGCAGGCACCCCCCAGUCCCAGCCACCUCCACUGCCACCCCCGCCACCCCCAGCCCCUGGCAGUGCCCCCCCCGCUCUGCCUUCCGAGGGUCCUCCUGAGGACACGAGUCAGGACCUGACACCCAACUCGGUGGGAGCAGCCAGCACGGGUGGUGGGACUGGGGGCACCCACCCGAACACCCCUACAGCUGCUGCUGCCAACAACCCCCUGCCCCCUGGAGGAGACCCCAGCAGUGCCCCUGGCCCUGCACUACUGGGGGAGGCCGCCCCCCCGGGAAAUGGGCAGCGGAGCCUGGUGGGCUCCGAGAGCCUGUCCAAGGAGCAGCUGGAACAUCGGGAGCGCUCCCUGCAGACCCUUCGAGACAUUGAGCGGCUGUUGCUCCGCAGUGGGGAGACUGAGCCCUUCCUCAAAGGGCCCCCAGGGGGAGCAGGUGAGGGGGGACCACCAGCACAAGCCCCUACAGCCCCCCAGCAACCACCCACGGCCCCUCCCAGUGGGCUGAAGAAAUAUGAAGAGCCCUUGCAGUCCAUGAUUUCUCAGACUCAGAGUUUGGGAGGCCCCCCGCUGGAGCACGAACUGCCCGGGCACCCCCCGGGCGGGGACAUGGGGCAGCAGAUGAACGUGAUGAUGCAGAGGCUGGGCCAGGACAGCCUGACGCCUGAGCAGGUGGCCUGGCGCAAGCUGCAGGAAGAGUACUACGAGGAGAAACGGCGGAAGGAGGAGCAGAUUGGGCUGCACGGGGGCCGCCCCCUGCAGGACAUGAUGGGCAUGGGGGGCAUGAUGGUGAGGGGGCCACCACCUCCUUACCACAGCAAGCCUGGGGAUCAGUGGCCACCCGGAAUGGGUGCACAGCUGCGGGGGCCCAUGGAUGUCCAAGAUGCCAUGCAGCUCCGGGGCGGCCCUCCCUUCCCUGGACCCCGUUUCCCAGGCAACCAGAUGCAACGAGUGCCUGGGUUUGGGGGCAUGCAGGGUAUGCCCAUGGAGGUGCCCAUGAAUGCCAUGCAGAGGCCUGUGAGGCCAGGUAUGGGCUGGACUGAAGACUUGCCACCCAUGGGGGGGCCUGGCAAUUUUGCCCAGAAUGCUGUGCCCUACCCAGGUGGGCAGGGUGAUGCGGAGCGAUUCUUGACCCCUCGAGUUCGCGAGGAGCUGCUGCGGCACCAGCUGCUGGAGAAGCGGUCGAUGGGCAUGCAGCGCCCCCUGGGCAUGGCAGGCAAUGGCAUGGGGCAGGGCGUGGAGGUGGAGCGGAUGAUACAGGCCCACCGGCAGAUGGAUCCCGCUCUGUUCUCCGGGCAGAUGGCAGGCGGUGAGGGCCUGGCAGGCACUGCCAUGGGCAUGGAGUUCGGUGGCGGCCGCAGCCUCCUGAGCCCCACCCUGGGGCAGUCGGGCCUGAGGGAGGCGGACCCACCUCUGGGGCCGGGCAACCUCAACAUGAACAUGAACGUGAACAUGAACAUGAACAUGAACCUGAACGUGCAGAUGACCCCGCAGCAGCAGCUGCUCAUGGCCCAGAAGGUGCGGGGCCCCGCGGACGUGAUGGGGCCGCAGGGCCUCAGCCCCGAGGAGGUGGCCCGGCUGCGGGCCCAGAGCAGUGGCGGCAUGAUGGGCGGCCCGCAGAAGAUGCUCAUGCCCUCACAGUUUCCCAGCCAGGGCCAGCAGGGCUUCAGCGGGGGCCAGGGACCCUACCAAGCAGUGCCCCAGGACAUGGGCAGCACUCAAGACAUGUUCAGCCCCGACCAGAGCCCAAUGCCUGUGGGCACCACCCGGCUGAGCCACAUGCCUCUGCCUGCUGCAUCCAAUCCUCCCGGGUCCGUGCAUUCAGCCCCAAACCGGGGCCUGGGUAGACGGCCGUCAGACCUCACCAUCAGUAUUAAUCAGAUGGGCUCACCAGGCAUGGGGCAUCUGAAGUCGCCCACCCUUAGCCAGGUACACUCACCGCUGGUCACCUCGCCCUCUGCCAACCUCAAGUCACCCCAGACUCCCUCACAGAUGGUGCCCUUGCCCUCGGCCAACCCGCCAGGACCUCUCAAGUCACCCCAAGUCCUCAGCUCCUCCCUCAGUGUCCGUUCGCCCACCGGCUCGCCCAGCAGACUCAAGUCUCCCUCGAUGGCGGUGCCUUCCCCGGGCUGGGUUGCCUCACCCAAGACAGCGAUGCCGAGCCCUGGAGUCCCCCAGAACAAGCAGCCGCCUCUCAAUAUGAACUCUUCCACCACCCUGGGGAACAUGGAACAGGGUGCCCUUCCACCCAGCGGCCCCCGGAGCAGCUCCUCCGCACCUCCCGCCAACCCCCCCAGCGGCCUCCUGAACCCCAGCCUGCCUUUCACUUCCUCCCCAGACCCCACGCCCUCCCAGAACCCCCUGUCACUGAUGAUGUCCCAAAUGUCCAAGUAUGCCAUGCCCAGCUCCACCCCGCUCUACCACAAUGCCAUCAAGACCAUCGCCACCUCGGACGACGAGCUGCUGCCUGACCGGCCCCUGCUGCCGCCACCACCACAGGGCUCUGGGCCAGGCAUCAGCAAUAACCAGCCCACCCAGAUGCACCUGAACUCAGCUGCUUCCCAGAGCCCCAUGGGCAUGAGCCUGCCAGGCCAGCAGCCCCUGUCCCAUGAGCCCCCACCAACCAUGUUGCCCUCCCCCACCCCUCUGGGCUCCAACAUUCCACUGCACCCCAAUGCACAGGGGACAGGAGGGCCUCCUCAGAACUCAAUGAUGAUGGCUCCAGGGGGCCCAGACUCCCUGAAUGCCUCCUGCGGCCCUGUGCCCAGCUCCUCCCAGAUGAUGCCCUUCCCCCCUCGGCUGCAGCAGCCCCAUGGCGCCAUGGCCCCCGGUGGGGGCGGGGGUGGGGGGCCUGGCCUGCAGCAGCACUACCCUUCAGGCAUGCCCCUGCCCCCAGAGGACCUGCCCAGCCAGCAGCCAGGCCCCAUGCCCCCCCAGCAGCACCUGAUGGGCAAAGGCAUGGCUGGGCGCAUGGGCGACGCGUACCCGCCAGGCGUGCUUCCUGGGGUGGCGUCGGUGCUGAAUGACCCCGAGCUGAGCGAGGUGAUCCGGCCCACCCCGACGGGGAUCCCUGAGUUCGACUUGUCAAGGAUCAUCCCCUCUGAGAAGCCGAGCAGCACCCUCCAGUACUUCCCCAAGAGCGAGAACCAGCCCCCCAAGGCCCAGCCCCCCAAUCUGCAUCUCAUGAACCUGCAGAACAUGAUGGCGGAGCAGACCCCGUCACGGCCCCCCAACCUCCCAGGCCAGCAGGGUGUCCAGCGGGGGCUCAACAUGUCCAUGUGCCACCCCGGACAGAUGUCCUUGCUGGGCAGGACAGGUGUGCCCCCACAGCAGGGCAUGGUGCCCCACGGCCUGCACCAGGGGGUCAUGUCCCCUCCACAAGGCCUCAUGACCCAGCAGAAUUUCAUGCUGAUGAAGCAGCGGGCCGUGGGGGGCGAGGUCUACAGCCAGCCUCCCCACAUGCUGUCCCCACAGGCCUCCCUCAUGGGCCCCCCGCCCCCGCAGAACCUCAUGGUGUCCCACCCCCUGCGGCAGCGCAGUGUGUCUCUGGACAGCCAGAUGGGCUACCUCCCGGCGCCGGGCAGCAUGGCCAACCUGCCCUUCUAGUCCCUGCGGGGGGCUGGAGCUGGGGCGAUACUGCAAGUACGAUAACCUUAAGAAACUUUCUUCCCCUCCAGUGUUGGGACGGCCUGGGUCAAGGGGUGGGGUGGAAGGGGUGGGAGGGGGCUUGUGUGGGGAGUGGCACUUGUGGAAAUCAAAUGUGCUGGCAGCUUAGGGGGCCGUGGCAGAGUGGGGCGGGGGAUUUUAGAUUGGGGUUUGUUCCAUUUCGGCCACCAGGGCUGCCCCUCCUCCCUCCCCCCAAGUCCUGUGGAGCCUCUAGUUCCCACUCUCUCCACACCCACCCUCUUCAGCUCUGCUUUUGGAGUCCCGUGUCCGAUCCUCGGGGAGAGGGGUCCUCCUUUUCGUCCCUUUACUUUCUGCCGGUGUGUCGUCGUCUCUCCAUUGCUGGAGCUUCACUGUCCUCCUGACUUCUCUGCUCCCACCCCAAUUUCCUUCUGUCUUUUCCUGCCCCCUCCCUUUCCCUGCUGAUGUGGCUGAGCCCCUCUCCCACCCCUCCCUGCAGGCGGCUGGCCAGGUGGGCAGGUGCCAGCCAGAGCUGUAAAUAGAGCGCUGCGCUUUUGUGCCGGUGUGUGUGUGUGCUGUAUUUCUGUGUUUUGAUAGAAGUCACACAAAAAAAAGGAUACAAGAAACCCUUCUCCCCUUCUUCAAGUUAUUACCCGUUCCAUCCCCCUGGACCCUGGGACGUGCAGUCCCACACAUCUACCUGCUGUUCGCAGUGUCUCUGGGUCCACAAAGGAUGCCAUUCUGGUCCCCACCCCAAAUGGUGAAAUGAACAUAGAUACCCCACACCUAAACUGAGGUCACACCACCCAGGCUUCCACCUGGAGACCCCCGCAGGGCUGAGACCCCCCACUCCACCCCAGGGCAGCAGCCUGUCUGCUGCUGAGUGGUUCAGGAGAGCGCGCGCACAUGCAUGCGUGUUUGCCCCACACGGGGGACACGGGGCCCUGGCUUCCCAGCUGUGGUUGUCUGGUGUCCCCUGCUGCUACAUCUUAGCCAGAACUGGAAGUUCUUGGUCCCCAGUCUGGGAUGAAGGAAAGGAGGCGGCAGUUGGAUGCAGUGUGGCCCCCUUAAGUGGGCCCCAGAGGAGGUGGCCCUGUGGCCCGCUGGUCCCAUGCCUGCUGCAGCAGCCCUGGGCCAGGUGAUCCCCAGGCUCUGAUUCUUCCCGAGGCUGCCGCCUUCUUUUCACCCAAGGAGGAAGGAAAAGGGUCUGGCUGCGGUGUUUCCCCCUCCAGCGGCCACCCCCUGAGAAUGGGAUAGAGAGAGCUUUGGGGGGGGCGGCCAGGGCAGAGGGCUCUGGGCCACCCCCAGGUGCAGCCGCUGCCCCCCGCUGCCCCUCCUCUUGCCCAGAAGAGCUGAAGCCAUACACAACCGGGUGUUUUGCCCCCUUGGCCCCAGGAGUAAAACACUUCUUUUCUAACUUCCCUUCCUGCCCUGCGAGGUGGCAGGGCAGCUCCUGGUGAGGCCUUUAUGCCCCGCCUCCAGGCCCAGGGGCUGCUUCUGGACACAGCCUUGCUGACCGCAGGGCCCUCUCCCAGUGGCAGCUGUGACACAAAGGGAAUCUGCCCCCACCUUUCCCAGUCCGGUGCUGUCUUCAGUCACCGCCGCCCGUCAGGAGCUUCCUCCGGGGAUGGCUGCAGGCUCCUGCCUCCCCCCGUACCUCCCAGGGGCUGCCCGGGGCCUCUGUUUCCAGGGCCACCUGCCCUCCAUCCUGCCAGGCGCUUUGCCUGCCCUGCCUCAACCUGGGCCCUGGACCCGUGAGCACCCUCAACCCAAGACGCCCCAAACUCACUUUGAAGUGUUUCCUGCCCAGAGGAGGGGGUUUCGACUGCGAAGGACUCAGUGCCCUUCCCAUCUCCUCCCGUCUCCCACCCAGACUAGCUUCCAAGGUGAACGCCACAGCCAGCCCACUUCUUCCAUCCAUGGCCAUACCCCCAGCCAUUUUGUACCAUUAUAUAAAUAUAUAUAUAUAUAUAAAUAUAUAAAUACAAUAUGUGAAGACA